GGGGUCUGUAUUUGGGUAAUUGCGUCGUUAAAACGUAUAUUUUAAAAAUUGUGUUAAUGGUCACACUUCGAUUAAAGUAACACAAAGAUUUGUUUAUUUGUGACAAUUGUUUUGUUGUGGGUGGAAUAUGCAAAACGUUUAAAUCAUGACGCUAGCACAUCGGGCGCUCUUCACUUGGUUUAUCGUCUUGGUGUUCUUAAUACUGCUUUGCUUGCGCCUAGAUCCACGCACCACAUGGAAUUGGUUCGUCACUUUUACGCCGCUUUGGUUCUUCGACUGCAUCCUCAUCAUCUAUGUGCUGAUAAAGUUUAUACGCAAAUGGCGCAAUCUCAAUAGGCUCACCGAUUUGCUGUUCCUCUACAAAUGGAACAUCGGCGGUGUGCUGCUAACAAUAACAUCUCAAGUGAUGAUCUGCAUGACUCUUGAGUAUCCACAACAGAUUCCAAUCUAUGUGACAAUGGCUCCAUUGAUGCUUCUACUCUGCACAGCCAUUGUCUAUGUCGCCGGGCAGUUGAGACAGCGUGAAAAUUGGCUCAAAUGA